AUGGAGAAUUAUAUUUUAUAUGAUGAAAUUGGACGUGGUGAUGGAUCAAUAGUAUAUAAGGGCAGAAAACGAGGUGCUAUUGAAUUUGUUGCUAUUUAUUGUAUUGAGAAAUCCAAGCGUGCAGAAACUACCAACAGAGUAAGAUUAAGCCAGGGACUGAAACAUCGAUGUAUGGUUGAAUUUCACGAAUGGUAUGAAACUUCAAAGCAUUUAUGGUUAAUAGUUCAGCUUUGUACAGGAGGUAGCCUCCAAGAAAUACUCAAUCAAGACGGUUGCCUACCAGAAGAAUCGAUCCGUAAUUUUGGUGUCGAUUUAGUGAUAGGCCUUUACACUAUACAUUCUUUAGGGAUUGUUUUCUGCGACUUAAAGCCUUCCAAGCUCUUGCUUGACGGUACAUGGGCAAUUAAAUAUAGUAAUUUCAAUCAUGCACGAUUGCUUGGUGAAAGGUUAGAUUUUCUUGAUGGAACAGACAGUGAUAGCAGCGAUGAACAAAGUGACAGCGAAGAAGUUAAUGUGAAAAAAGUUUCAGAUAAAAAAACUGGAAUGCCAUUUACGCCAUACUUGGCACCAGAAGUAAUGUUGUUUGGGCAGUUCUCGCCUGCAUCUGAUUUAUGGUCAGUGGGAUGUUUGCUUUACCGAAUGUAUACAGGUAAUCUACCUUUCCAAGGAGAAACGACUGCUGAGUUGGCGAAUAAUAUUUUACAAAACGAUCCCCCUUUUCCGACUUCUCCAAUACAUAGUGAAGAAAUAUCUGCAGAAUUUUUAGAUUUAAUUAGUGGACUCUUGCGAAAAGAUCCCAAUGAAAGGUAUGAUUGGUCCAGAGUAUGCUCUCAUGAAAUGUGGAAAAACAAGAUCGUAAAUCAAUUAAAGGAAGAUGGUUUAGAUGAAUCUAGAAGUACCCUUGAUAAUUCUGUUCAAUCAAUACUUGGUGGUGAUAAUAAUAACAAUUCAUCAUUUCUGGAUAAUAGCACAAAUAUAUCACAGAAUGAAAGUGUUGACGAGAAUUCAACACUUUAUCAAGGAUCUGUGAUAAGACCAUUGACCGCUCCAGAGGAUUCACGCCGAAAUAAGCCUAUUACAUUAAAUCCAAGUCAGGAAGCUAAGACUUUUAUGUCCUUUUAUAGUUUGCGCCCUCAUUCAUCCCUUAACUUUCUAACCACUGAAUCUGAGCAACCAAACCUAUUUACGAUCAUCGAAAAAAACGACCAGAAUAUUCUGGAAGACGUUGAGGAGGAAGUUGAGCAAUCUAAGGGACUUGAAGAAACUGUAGCGCAAAGUACGGACGAAGUUUCCACUAUGCAAAAUGUGGUCAGUCAGUCAUACAGUGAUACAGAAGUUUUCGUUAGUGGUAGUAGCGAACUGAAGCAGCCUUUAGUUGAAAAAGUUCAGUUGCCAGAGCUUGAUGAUAGCCUAGAUGAAACUCUGCCUAUGGAUACACCAAAAGGAGAUAAAAGAAUUUCCAGAAAAAGCACACCUGCAAAUGAAGAAUUUGAUCAAAUUACCGUUCCUGAAGCCAUCUCAGAAUUGCUUUAUCAUGAUAGUGAUUUAGUUGCUUCUCCCAUUCUGGAAACUCAUCGUACGCAGAGGAGUCGUUCCUUGAAAUGGGAUGCUAAAUCUUUGUCAUUUCCUUCACACACUGCUGAGCAAAUAGUAGAAUUGACCGACGAAGAACAGCAAUCUCAUUUGCAGUUAAUCCAGGAAACGUUGCAAUCGAGCGGUAGUAAUAUGCAGAGGAUAAAAUUGCAUGCAAUUACAUACCUAACUUCCAUAUCAUCUAACUCUUCCAUCGCGGAUUUAGUAUUUCAUUCUGACUUGUUAAUUGCGCUAGCUAUCAUAUUAAAGUCCCCGGCUAUUCUGGAAAUAAAGGAAAAGAUUGCUAAGUGUUUUGGUCUCAUUAUAUCCAGUGCAACCAUGAUUAAACGAGAAUUUAAUAUAUCAGAGCUGUUUGGAAUGGCUACUGAUGCUCUUCGUGACAGUAUACGAAAUGUAAAGUUAAAACAGACUCUUACUGCAGCAUUGGGAGAACUGAUAUAUUUUGUUGCAUCACAGGAGAUGAAAAGUAAUUCAGUCAUUUCUAACUGGGAAAUUCCUUCCGCUAGUUAUGUUAUGAUAGUAAAGUGUUUGCAAGGGGGUGAUCCGAUUGUACAACAACAUGCUGCAAAAACGAUAGAAAGCGUAGCUGUGAUUGAUUCUAGGCCUAGUAAGAAACUAGCUACUCCUGGUACUGCACAAGCUUUAUGGAAUUUAUUUACUCAUUCGUCAAGCGACGCUUUAUGUGCUACAGCUAUUUCGGCAUUAAGUCGUCUAAAUCGGAAAUCUUCCUCUAUCUUCAAUCAUAUUUAUGACAGAGUUGGUUUACAAACUAUUUUAAAAUCGCUUUCGACAAAUGUCGGAAAAAUUUCUCAGCAACUUGUAACAACCUUAAUACACCUUCUUGAAAAUUCCUCAUACGUUAUCCGGGGUAAAGCAUACUUGGCAAUAUCACAAUUAAUCAAGCUUAGUCAGGAUGCCGCACUGACUUGUUGUCAAGCUAGAUUAUUAGUCUUUAUUGAAAGAGACAACAAAAUACAGCCUCACUCUAAGGACGAGUUACAUGAUCAACAGCAAUAUGCUUUGAAAUGUCUAAAGUGUGUCGUUGAUGUAUAUUUGGAAGCUGUUCCUAAUAUAUUUGGUAAUCCUAAAAUGAAGUUACUUUUAGUGUCAGAUGGUGUGCUGCGGAUCCUGGAAGUUGUGUCUGGAAGACGUCAUCCGUCAUCCUCUCAAAUAAAACAAUUAAAAUCUAAUUUACCUUACUUAUCUGUUAUCCAUCAUUUGCUAACGAAUCAGAUAUUCAGAAGUAGAUUAACGGAUGAUGUCUUUUUAACGAAGUUAAAAGCACUUCUGAGCCAUGUUAUUUCCGUCGAUGAAGGGACAACAAGCUUAUCUUCCACUUCAGCUCCCACUGCUAAUGAUGACUUUAAGCAUAUCGUCUUGUCGAUGGUACUAACUAUAUGUCAACAGUCUACUUUGGUCAUGAAGCAUUAUGCACAAAUGGUCAAAAGUAUCAUGCCCUCCUUAAUAAAGUUGAUUGAGAGCUCUAACGGUGAUACUCGUGUUCUUUGCUUGCGUGUAAUUACUGAAGUUGGAAUUCAGUAUUUGAACCAAUGGAAUGAUACAGACGUUUCUAAGGAAUACGGUAUAAUUGACAGAGAGUUACUACAAAAGCUAAUUAUACUAGAAUUAUUACCGAGUUACGAAGCCAUUCUUAAAGACCAAGAUCCGAUCCCUACUUAUGCAGUUAAGCUGUUGGCAGUUUUGAUCCAAAAGUAUCCAUCAACAUCGAAGUUUGUGGAUCAGCACCAUGUGAUGGUACCAUUAUUACAUGUAUACGAAGCUCAUAAAGACAAUAUAAGUCAAAAUAUGCGAGAUAAUAUCGUUGAUAUAUUCUAUCACUGCUUGCCGAUGAACCAAGAGACUUUUGAUAUUCUGAUUAAAAAUGGAUUCGUGACGUAUAUGGUUCAUGCAGCUGAUGAAAUAAUAAGGGAUGACGAAGUAAAGAUGGCGACUUUAUCACAUGCAUUGGACAUUAUGUAUCAUGAAUUAAAAUAUGUUUCUGGUAAAGUCAGAGUUGCAUUACAGACAAAAGAAAAGGAAAAAAAUUCAGACUGUCUAAAUACGGAACGAUUGCUAAUUGCAAACAGGCCUGCUGUCAAACUAAUUAAACCACUUAUAUGUGAGCUAACACGCAAUAGCGAUAACAUAAAUGAAAGGGCCCUUAGAUGUCUAUCUUUAGCGAUGCAGCUGAUAGGCGGAGAGUUUCAGGAGACGUUAUCAGCUAAUGAUAUUGUUACCACGAACUCCAACAACACCAAUUCAAUAAGACUGUAUGGUGGUGAAUUAAUUACGACUUUAAAAGCAAUCAAGAGUAUUGAAAAUGAAGCACCAGUAAUUGCGACUAUCAAUGAUAUUUUAUCUCAUAUUGACGAAAGUUCAUAA